AUGCAGUUGUCCAGAGCAGAUCGUGCGUCCUUCAGUGUACUUGAAUGCAGCUGUUCUAUAAGAACAGCAGAUACAAAUUCGGAUUCCUUACAUUCCCUUUCGAGUGACUCAGAAACUUGCAGCUGUCCAGCUACGAGUAACGUCAACUUGAAAUCGGCAGGGCGUGGAUACAGACAUCAUGUUUCCACCUUAAACACAGGAGGUUCCAAAAGCCUUUGCAGCAUCACGGAUAGUCCUUCAGACACCAAACGCAACCCAGAAACCAUUUCCAGAAGCCACUUUUCCAAAAGACAACCUGAAACUAAACGACCAGCCUUGGAGCUUCUCAAAAGUCCAGGCGAUUCCAAAAAUACCAAAAUUUCCAACGAUGAUAAAUCAGCAGGAGUGACUCGUAAUGCUGCCAGUGCUGGUGGUAAGAAGUAUUUGGACUUUGGAUCGUCCAAGAGUGAAUCCGGUCCUGUUUUUGAACCAGGAUGUGGAUCAGUGAAGAGCUAUGUGAGGUCCUUGAACAGAUCCUGUGAGAAUUUGACUCGGGUCAACGAUUUGACCACUGUUCGAGGAAAUUUGGACACGGUGAGGGAAUUGAGGAGAACUAAUACCAAGUCUGUCGAUCAACAAACAGUAUUACAACAAACCAUACAGUAUUUACGGCCAACUUUAGAAGCCGAGAUGCAAACUCUUUCGUCUUCGGGGAAGGAAAAUUUUAAAAUUCAUAGGUCUGAUAAAGUGAAUCAUCUAUCAAUAGCAUCAAGUCUUCAAAAUUCACCAAAAAAACAGAACUUCUUAACGGAUUUCAACUCCUCGAGCACCACAAAAAGUGUAUCAGAACCUUGCUCGAAAGUGAGCUCACCAGAAAGAGGAAGGAGUGCUGCUUCAGCAGACGAGGAUUGUGAUAGUUCGAGUGAUAUUGAUAAACAAAUCUUAUCCGGGAGCCCCGUGCACCCUCAACAAGGAAUCAUACAGGUCUACGCUGCCUACGACACCGGCCUGGCAACGGGUGCUUCUCUUCGGCUCCGUGUCACUAAUCGCACGAGCGCCGCAGAGGUCGUCGAGCUGGUCGUCCGCCAACUGCACGUCGCCAGCGUCCUCCGCGGCGGACGGGGCCUCCUUAACGGCAAGACCAACAUCCCGAACACGUCCAGGGGACUCAGUCUGCCGGGAGAUAAAUUUCCUGCCACGUCCAAAACUCAUCAGCCCCCAUCUGAACUGACGACGACCACUACUACAUAUCCGACGAGGCCGACGUUUUUCACGAGCGAGCUGAAGACCAACAGGCCGAGUGGAAGUAAAUUUGGUGCGAGUGCUGCAGGAGAUGGUAAGAAUUUGAAUCUGAGCGCUCUGUCGGGAGGCGUUAAGGAGAAGGCUAAGGAGUUUUGUCUGGUUGCCGUUAUCGGAGCCAGGGAGAGGAGGCUGAGAGAUGAUUUCAGGCCUUUGCAGUUGCAAGAUCCUUGGAUGAAGGGACGUCUGUACGUCCGACACAGAAAAGACACAUUGGCUGCCAUUGAACACUCCACUAGACAUAAAGAUGUUGUUUAA